AUGAUUUCGAUCGCAAAUUUCACGCAAACAUCGACAAGUCAACCGGAGCCAAUCACAUACAAAAAUGAAACGCACACACGCGAGGUGUUCUUCGAUUUCGAGGCGAACACUACAUUUCCUAACUUCACUGAAUACGCGGAAAUUCCAUAUUACAUAAAAGCGACCUCCAUGACUUUUUGUAUCGUCAUCAUGUGCUUGGGUGUGAUAGGGAAUGUCAUGGUGCCGAUAGUGAUUCUGAAGACGAAGGACAUGAGGAACUCUACGAAUAUUUUCCUGGUGAAUCUGAGCAUUGCUGACCUGAUGGUGUUGCUCGUUUGUACGCCUACAGUGCUGGUGGAGGUUAAUUCGAAGCCAGAGACGUGGGUGCUUGGAAAGGAGUUGUGCCUAGCUGUGCCGUUUGUGGAGCUAACUGUCGCUCACGCCUCCGUCCUCACGAUCUUGGCAAUCAGUUUCGAGCGCUACUACGCCAUAUGUGAGCCACUACGUGCCGGAUACGUUUGCACUAAAACGAGGGCCACACUCAUAUGCGCUCUAGCAUGGUUCUUCGCUGCUCUAUUCACGAGCCCAAUUCUGGCGAUAGCUGAGCUGCAUUCCGUUACGAGGCAAGAUGGAAUCGUCCAGCAAUGUCUGACGCAAGCUGUUACCGUUUGGGAAAUCACAUUCUUUGUCAUGGUCAUAAUUCUGCUCUACAUUUUGCCUCUCAUUAUUCUUAUUAUCCUUUACACAGUGAUAGCCAAAAAUCUAAUAUCAGCAGCGUCGAAGGUCGUCAUGAAUAAAACCGUAGAUCCAUACAACGUCAGAGCAAGGAAACAAGUCAUUUUAAUGUUAGGAACUGUAGUCUUAUGUUUUUUCCUCUGCCUAAUGCCAUAUAGGGUUUUGGCGUUAUGGAUUAUCAUCACACCAGCAGAACUGUCUGACAAUAUCAGUCCGGAGAAGUGGUAUAAUUUACUGUACUUUUCAAGGAUAAUGUUGUACAUAAAUUCAGCUAUAAACCCUAUAUUGUACAAUUUGAUGUCUUCGAAAUUCCGCAUCGGUUUCUGUAAGAUGUGCAUCUGCUAUAAGAGAUCUACGGACAGAAAUCAAAACAGACGGGUACAAAGAACGGUAACGAACGGAUCAACAACAAGUAGCAGCUUAUCGCGAACGACAAACAGUCUCAAAAAGUUGUUUACACACCGCAGUAGUUUCGAUAAGAGUGAAACAGAUGGACAGAAGGAAAGCAAAGACGCUGCGAAGCAUAAUUUCUUCGGUAUAUUCACGAGUAAGAGAUUUAUAAGGCAGCAGUCGGCUCCGGUGUGCGAGUCCAAGCCGAAGAUAAACAGAAUGCGCAGCGAAGGUAAUAUGACGGAAGUGGAGAAUAUAUUGCCGUCAGAUAGGCCUGGAGAUAGAGACGCUCCGAGAUUUAUGGGUCAUUCCAAUGUAAAUACUAAAAAUAGAUUGGAUAUUGAGCUGGAUGGUAAUCGUGAUCACGGAUCGCUGAGGCGGGCCGUCCUAAUAAACAGCGCUAAGGCGAAGAGCCUUGAAGACAAUAAAAAGUUCGUUGUCUAUCAAAAGAUAAAGGUUGAUUGCGUCGUCGGCUUCAAGUCCAAGAGUGUGGAUUAUGACUUUCCAGAGAGUUUUGUAUGA